AUGCCUUUCUUUGAUGUGCAGAAAAGGCUGGGUAUUAACAUAGACCAGUGGAUGACAAUCCAGAGCGCUGAGCAGCCUUACAGGCUUCCAGCUCGAUGCUAUGCUUUUGAAAAAGAAUGGAUAGAAUGUGCCCACGGAAUCGGUGGUAUCCGGGCACAGAAGGAAUGCAAGAUAGAGCUUGAUGAUUUCACAGAAUGUUUGCUUCGUCAGAAAACGAUGAAACGCAUGGCUGCCAUCAGGAAGCAGCGGGCUAAGCUGAUAAAGGAGGGGAAGUACAUUCCUCCACCUCACCACUCCGGCAAGGAGGAGCCCAGACCCUGA